UUUGAUAUUUUGGCAUUGAGCCAUUAAUUAAACUGCGACGACCACAAAUUUAAGCCAGUCAAUUUAAUAUCCAAUUCGAUUGAUUAAAUUGCUCUAAAUUCCGGUCGAGUUCAACGUUUAGUUUUAGUCGAAACGUUAGACAAGAAUCAUUUGUUCUUUAUACAAUUUCUCAAAAGAAUUAAAUAAAAUGAAAGAAAAUUUUAAUAAAUUCCUACGAGUAAUUUUUCGUAAAAAAUCCCAUUCAAAUCAAGAAUCUACAAAACUAUCAAAAAUGCUUAGUACUUUUGAUUUAACAGUGUUGGGAGUUGGAAGUACUUUAGGUGUUGGAGUUUAUGUUUUAGCUGGGGAAGUUGCUAAAAAAUACGCUGGUCCAGCUGUUGUUAUUUCAUUUCUUAUCGCAGCUAUUGCUUCUAUAUUUGCAGGUUUAUGUUUUGCUGAAGUUGGAGUUCGGAUGCCCAGAGCUGGAUCAGUUUAUGAAUAUAGUUAUGUUUGUAUGGGGGAAUUAAUUGGAUUUUUACUUGGGUGGAAUUUAAUUUUAGAAUAUAUCAUAGGUUCAGCAAGUGUUGUAAAAGGUUUAUUUACAUAUUUAGACGCUUUAUUUCAUCACGUUAUGUCUAAUUUUUUUGAACAUCACAUGCCUAUUAAUCUACAAUCACUUUCUAAGUAUCCGGAUUUAUUUUCUUUUGCUAUAACAUGUUUAUUUUCAUUAUCUUUGGCUCUUGGUGCCAAGGAAUCUUUUAUGGCAAACAACAUAUUUACUGGUUUAAAUAUAAUCGUCGUUUUAUUUGUUAUAAUUUCAGGAUUAUGGAAAGUUAAUUCUGAUAAUUGGGAAAUUCCCCAAGAAAAAGUCCCUGAUGUAAAAUACGGAGUAGGUGGGUUUCUUCCAUAUGGGAUAUCGGGAGUUUUAAAAGGAGCACCAACAUGUUUUUAUGGAUUCAUUGGAUUUGACUCAAUUGCCACAGCUGGCGAAGAAGCAAGAUUCCCCCGAAAAUCAAUUCCAAUUGCCAUAAUAGUAUCAUUAUUAAUAAUUUUUAUGGCUUAUUUUGGUGUAUCAACGAUUUUAACUAUGAUUCUUCCGUAUUACGAACAAGAUCGUUUUGCUCCAUUACCAUAUAUUUACGAUAAAAUAGGAUGGACAAUUUCGAAGUAUCUUGUAAGCAUAGGAGCUAUAUGCGGAUUACUCUCAGCUUUAAUUGGAUCUAUGUUUCCUUUACCAAGAAUAAUUUAUUCCAUGGCUUGCGAUGGAUUACUUUUUUCAUUUUUAGGUGAAGUUCACCCAAAAUUUCGUACACCUUUCACUGGAACAUUAAUUGCUGGAUUUAUAACAGGUUUAUUUGCUACUCUUUUUGAAUUAGGAGAUCUUUUCACGUUAAUGGCUAUAGCUACGUUGGUUUCUUAUUCCGUAGUUGCUAUUUGUGUUAUUAUUCUUCGUUAUGAGCCGACUUUAGAAAAUAAUGAUGUUAAUUCAAAACGAAAAUUAUCGUGUUAUCAAAUUUGUACUCAAGUUUUAGGAAUACGCUUUCAAACGCCGAAUAAAUUAACUUUUCGUAUAGUUUCGUUUGGGUUGUGUACAUUUUUGAUUACCACUUUUAUUCUGGCUGUCAUAUUAUCUAAAUUAAAUCAUGAGUAUUUCUCAACUCCUUUUGUGAUAGCUGUAAUUAUUUUAUCUUUAAUAAUAUUUAUAUCUUUGUGGAUAAUUUCAAAACAACCAAAAGGAAUUGAUCCAGUAUUUGGGGUUCCUUUAAUACCUUGGUUGCCAGGUUUAAGCAUUAUGAUGAAUAUAUAUUUAAUGGUACUUUUAGAUAUUUCAACUUGGUUAAGAUAUUUUGUUUGGAUGGGUAUUGGUACAAUCAUCUAUUUUUCUUAUGGAAUAUGGAAUAGUAAAGCAAUUUCAAAUUAAAUCGUGAGAUCAUCGUUGUUAUUAUGCAAAAUAAAUUUAUUAUUGUAAUAAUUUCCUUAUUAAACUAUCAUCAUUUCU